CCUUUCCUCGGCACAUCUACCGGCAGAAGAGUCCUUCCAAUACUUUUUCAGCCGCAACAAUCAGAUCGAAGACGCAAUCAAAACUCCCACUUUUUAUUCGAGCAGCCCAGGGUUGUUUGCUUUUGAGUGGUGAAAAUGUUCGGAGCCGGAGGUAGAGCAGCCUUCCACAGGUUGAGGGAAAGGCUUCAGUCGACGAAAACCACUGCCUCUCCAUUUUUGUCAUCCCUUGUUUCCAAGAAAGGUCCAGAGGAUGUGGGAUCUGCUAGCAUGAAAUCUCUUAGAGCAUUGGCUCUAGCUGGGGCUGGUGUAUCAGGGCUUCUAAGUUUUGCAUCAGUAGCAUCUGCUGAUGAGGCUGAACAUGGUUUGGGGGUUGCAAGUUAUCCUUGGCCUCAUAAAGGAAUCCUCAGUUCAUAUGACCAUGCCUCGAUCCGUCGUGGUCACCAGGUUUACCAGGAAGUGUGUGCAUCCUGUCAUUCCAUGUCUCUGAUUUCAUAUCGUGACUUGGUGGGUGUGGCGUAUACAGAGGAGGAAACAAAAGCUAUGGCUGCUGAGAUUGAGGUGGUUGAUGGGCCUAACGAUGAGGGUGAGAUGUUCACUCGUCCUGGGAAACUAAGUGACCGUUUCCCACAGCCAUAUGCAAAUGAACAAGCAGCGAGAUUUGCCAAUGGAGGCGCCUAUCCUCCAGACUUGAGUCUCAUCACCAAAGCUCGUCACGAUGGUCAAAACUAUGUAUUUGCCCUUUUAACUGGUUAUCGUGAUCCUCCUGCUGGUGUUUCAAUUCGAGAAGGAUUGCACUAUAAUCCUUACUUCCCUGGUGGUGCUAUUGCUAUGCCCAAAAUGCUUAAUGAUGGUGCCUUGGAGUAUGAAGAUGGUACUCCUGCAACAGAAGCUCAGAUGGGGAAAGAUGUUGUGACAUUUUUGUCGUGGGCUGCGGAGCCAGAGAUGGAAGAAAGAAAGCUGAUGGGAUUCAAGUGGAUAUUUGUACUGUCACUGGCACUCCUUCAGGCUGCUUACUACAGGCGUUUGAAAUGGUCGGUUUUGAAGUCACGUAAGCUGGUCCUCGAUGUUGUCAACUAAACUCGGUUUAUUCUUCUCCUUGAUGUUUAUCAGAGGAUUGAAAUCAGGGAAUAAUAUUUGUUUCUUGCUACAAUAUGUGUCUCUCUGCUGUGUUAAGUUUGUUCAACCUGCUUGGUGGUAAUUUGUGCUAGCAGAGCAACCUCCUUCCACACGGUGAGGUAAAAUAAGAGACGAAUACAAAGCGAAAGCUUUUUUGGUCUUCAUUUUGGACCGCUUAGAAAUCUAAUUUUAUAAGUCUUUUGUUUUGGUUAGUCUAUAUGGUAGAGUGGUGAAUUUGUCCCUCGAGAGAGCUGCAGUUAUUAUGCAAAAUUGACACUGAAAUUUUUGUAAUGUAAGGGUACCUUUUUCUUCAUUCA